CCUGUUCCUCAACUGGAAGAUUAUGAAGUCGGGAGGAUUGGCCGUCGCUAUCCACGCCAAGGCGACGACGACCGCGGCGAGAGGGUGGAUCGCCGUCGCGUGGUCAACCACGGGGCUUAUGUCGCCCGCCGAAGCCAUCGCGGGUAACCUGCCGCACGGCGGGUUACAGGGUUACAAGCUCAACACGUACACUUCGGUUGUUCCGACCAACAGCCUGAAGGUUCAGGGAAAGACGGUAUCGACCGCUGCUGCGGGCACGGUAAUCAGUUUUAUUCGGCGGCAAGGCGACGGGGGAAAGGUGCCAGUGAGGCUGUGGGCGGUGAACCGUCUCGUGUGGGCCUACUCCAACGACGGCACCAAGGCUGUUGGUUACCACGGCAGUAACGUUGGUGCGCUGUCUGUCAUCUUCGCGUGUAACGGGGCGACGGGUAAAGUGCCAGGCAACUCUAACACCCCGCCCCCGACGCCGUACAAACCUCCGCCGGUCCAACGGUCCUACAAGUGCCCCGUGUCGUCUCUUCCCACUUUCAUCUACAUGACUGAUCUCGCGCCAGGGCUGGUGCUGCACUGGCGCCUGCAUCAGCGCAAUGUGGUGGAAGUGGCACUCGAGGCGCAGGCGGGCAGCGGGGCGGAAAGCGGAUGGUUGGCGCUCGGGUGGUCCACGAACGGACGGAUGGGCGGCUCGGAGACAAUUAUUGGAAAUAAGGCUGCGGGUGUAAUGGGAACAUACGAUAUCAUGGGCUACAGCAUGACCUCCAUACAGCCCAAGAUAAUGGGACUCGGGGAUGCUGCUAUGGUGAACAAGAACGGGAGGGGGUCAACAAUCAUGAGGUUUAGGAGAACUGCUGGGAAGUUCAACCGCGUUCCUGUGCGAGCUUGGGGGGUUAACACCCUGGUGUGGGCCUACUCCAAGGACAAUACCAAGACUUUCACCUACCAUGGUGGUAACUG